GUUUCUCGUUGUCAACAAAAAACGUCACAACAAACGGCUUGCGGCGGCCUGUUCGUGUGUUUUGGUUCGAUAAUUAAAGUGCAAACCGUGUUGGAGUGACCGGCUUGCAUAAUGCGAUAGCAAGGUACGACAAAAGUAUUACGGUUGGACCGAAAAUGUUUCUACCAAAGUGUGUGGCCACGGUACGGCCGGGCAGUUGCAUAAUCCGGCGCAUGUCCCAGCGGCACUUCAACCUGCUGCCGGCCUGCUUCGACACGGACUAUCUACUGAACCCGGCCAACCGGCAGGCGAUCGAAGCGAACAUACAGCACCGAAAGGGCGUCGGCGACAUACAGCUGGUCCAGCGGAUCAACGAGCAGCUGCGCGCCGCCCCACAGUCCGAGAGCGAACGGGGCACGCUGCAGGCGCAGCUGGAUGCGGAACUGGCCAAACUGCCCAAUCGCACCCAUCCGGCCGUGGUCGGGUACGGGACGGAGCCGCGCAUCAUCGAGCGCUACAACGAGCGGGCCAAGCGGACCGACCGCAAGUACUUCCAGUUUGGCGACAUCUGCAAACGGAUGAACCUGUAUCGGAUGGAAAACUUGGGCAACUUUACCGGCCACCGGUCGUACUACCUCACGGACGAGCUGGCGGAGCUGGAGCACGCGCUGAUCUGCUACGCGGUGGACAGUUUGCGCCAGCGCAACUUCCAGCUCGUCACCGUGCCGGAUGUGCUGCCGGGGCGCAUCAUUGAGAGCUGCGGCAUGAGCGUGCACGGCGAGCGGAACCAGGUGUACAAGCUGCACGGGCGGGAUGGGCGGGAGCCGCUGUGCCUGUCCGGCACGUCGGAGAUGGCGCUGGCGGGGUAUCUGGCCGGUCGCGUCCUGCCAGCGGACCGGCUGCCGCAGAAGCUGAUGGCUGUCAGCCGCUGCUAUCGGGCGGAAACGUCUGCCCUGCAGGAAGAGAAGGGCAUUUAUCGGGUGCAUCAGUUCACGAAGGUGGAAAUGUUUGCGGUAUGCCAGCCCGGCCAGUCCGCGACCGUGCUGGAGGAGUUCCGGGCCAUCGAGGUGCAGCUGUUCGACCAGCUCGGGCUACACUUUCUCCUGCUCGACAUGCCACCGUGCGAGCUGGGCGCACCGGCCUACCGGAAGUACGACAUCGAGGCGUGGAUGCCGGGCCGCGCCAUGUACGGCGAGAUAUCGAGCUGCAGCGACUGCACGGACUAUCAGGCCCGGCGGCUCGGCAUUCGGGUUUGGACCGGACAGGAGGAAACGUUCGCCCACACGGUCAACGGGACGGCGUGUGCGAUUCCGCGUAUGCUGAUUGCACUGCUGGAAAACUUUCAGAACGAAGACUACACCAUCACCGUGCCAGAGGUGCUGCGACGGUACAUGGGCGGGAAGCAGCUGCUGCGCCGCCGGAAGGUGCUGCCGGAGCUGAAGCUAACCAAACGCGUCGUGCAGGAGGAUAAAUUUUGAAUAAAACAAACAAACAAAUAAACAAACAAACAAACUAAAUCGCCCACACACUAUGAUACGCGUACGUAGCGAAAAAGUAACCAAAAUGAGAUACGCAUACUCAAGAAACAGCAAUAAAAAAGCUGUUUUAUUUUUCCCCUUUGGUAAUACUUUUCGAGAAAGUGCGAGGGAAUAUCGGCGAUCGAACGGCAAUUCUCGCCGAUCAGCAAAGCUGCGAAACGGAAUCGUUUUCGACUGUUGUGCGUCGCCUCCGCCCAUGGAUUGGAAGGGUCCACAGCACAAACCAAGAUCACCACCCCUUACCUAAAGUCAUCCCACACACGAGAUGGAGAUUAAAUGCAUUCGCAAGAAUUUAUGAGCUCUGGAAUGGGAAAUGAAUAGCCGCUGCAGGGGAGCCACGCACUCCCGGCUCAUGUGACGUAGAACCGAUCCGUUGAGCGCAGCAGGGAGAGCGCACAAACAUAAUGCGAAGUCGGCGAGCUGCGAGCCAAUGAGGCGUAAAAAGUGUGCGAUAUUGAAUAUCGGUUGCAACUAGUGAUGGGAAAAAUGAAGUUUUCGUCGGAAUCGACUCCAGCUCUCUCUGCAUUUGUCUAGAAUCGAUUCCAGAUAGUAGGUCUAGAAUUAGUUUCCGGAAUCGGCUCCGGAAAUGGAUUGGGCUUUGGAAUCGGAAUCAGCUCGUUAUCGGUUCCUGAAUCGGCUUCGAAAUCGGAGUCGGUUUCGUCAUCUCCAUAAGAAUGGGCUUUUGGAUCCAAUGAUGCUACGCAUUGUUAGCCGUAAAGAAUAAAAAAAAUACUUGUAAACGAUGUAUUCUGAUAGAGAUUCUCGGACUAAUGUCGCUUCUGAAAUUUCUUUCAAAGCAAGAACUGAUUCUCACUCCGGAGCUAUUUCCAUUUUUGCAGUCAAUACUACCUACUAGUGCAUAUAACGAAUCC